AUGAAAUAUAAGGAGAUAUUUUCAAAUCCUUUAGAUUUCCCUGCUAAUAAAAUGCAUAUUGAAGACGGGCAAUUACCCUCUGUGACUAACGAAUUAUCAGUGACUCUGCGAUUAAACGUUCAGAGUCUUGAUACAAGUUGGUCGAGUAUCUUCCAUAAAGGAGUAAAUAAUACAACUCGGACUCCUGGUCUUUGGCUAUGUCCGAACACCACAAAACUUCACCCUAGAUUCUCGACAAAUAGUGAAUGGAAUCUUGGAAUUAACGAAAUAUCUAAUGAGCUUGAAUUAAAUAAAUGGUAUCAUAUAGGCUAUACACUUUCAGAACCUCUUAAACGCAUGGAUAUCUAUUUAAAUGGAAAAUGGGUUGGAUUCAAGUGCAUUGAACAGGUCCAGACGCAAUGCGUUAUAUUCAACAGGGAUCAGUUGCAUAUUGGAUGUUCUACAAAUAAUGUAGAUUUUUCGGGAAAAAUGAGGUAUUGA